GCGUCGAUCAUGCCCUGGACUGGACGUUUGUCUUUAAUUUAUCUGCUUCUGCUGGGCAGUUCCCUUGACGUCACAUUUUCGAAACGAUUGGAUCGUAAAGUGUCGGACAACCGCAUUGUGGGUGGCCACGAGGCCGAGGAGGGAGCGGCCCCUUAUCAGGUGUCCAUACAAACAGUCUGGAAGACGCACAUCUGCGGCGGCGUCAUCCUCGACAAGGAAUGGAUACUCACCGCCGGCCACUGUGCCCUGGACUACGGCAUCAAUGACAUUAGGAUUGUGGUUGGAACCAACAACCGCUCGGAGCCCGGACAGAUGCUCUAUCCGGAUGAGGCGCUGGUGCACUGCCUCUACGACGUGCCGUACAUAUAUAACAAUGAUAUCGGACUAAUCCACGUGAACGAAUCGAUCAUCAUGAAUGAUCGCACUCAGAUGGUGAAGCUCAGCUCCGUGCAGCCGUGGCCUCAGGCCCGCGACGCAACUGGCGGCCGUCAAAAUCCAAUCUUUGUCGAUGAUGACGCCGCCGCAGAUAUGAUAGCCGUAGACAUUCUGCAGAGUCACAAUCCAGGGCCAGCUUCCCGCCGUGGCUGCUGUGCCCCCGGUCACACGUCCCUCAGGCCCACUCCUCGCCAAGGACGCCAAGGACGGAUUCACAUCACUUGUUCGAUGUCUAUUGACCCCAGCUACACCCGGAAGCUGUUCCCCCCGCAAACGCAGGGCUCCAGCUGUCUGAAGGGUCAGAAGAAUCAGACCGAGUAG